AUGUCGUCGCAGACCAUGACUGCGCCAGCCGUGGGCCAUCGACCGCCUGACACAGGCCCCGAUAGCCCCCUGUACGACUAUGGCUGCUCACCAGACAGAGACUCCCCUUCCAAUCCUCGAGACGACUCCGCAAUCCGCGCCAUGCAGAAUAAUUCUGCCCCGUCAACUCCCAACGGGAUUUCCGCCCCGGACGUCGCAAUCAAAACCGAAUGCUCGGACAGCCACGACUUUUCCGCCGCGCAACAUCAACAAGAUGCAAACACGCAAAACGCCGCAAGUGCGCUCCUAGCACAGCUUCUUGGAAACCAACCAGCCGCCAACUCUACACCUACCACGAUACAACCUGCACAACAGGACGAGGACCAAGAUAUUCACAUGGAUAUCAAGAUGGACGAAUCAAUCUCCCAGUCAUUCGACAUGGCUGCCCAGAGCUCUGCGCCCAUCGACUCGAGCUUGCACCGGGAUUCUGCUUCAAUAUCUCGCGAGAUUCAGGACUUGCUGAAUGGGAAAGCUUUAGGUGACGAGCUUAUGGGAACAAACUCUGCACACCAGGAUAUGGACCAUGCAGGAUUCAACUCAGAUGCCAUGGGAACCUUGUCCGACCCCAUGAACCCGAAAUUGAGCACCGACCAGCCCUCACUCCUUCCACCCUUGGACUUUUCGGCCGCCCCGAAAAAUGCGUUUGAAGCUCUCCACCAAAACGAGCUGCUCACAGCCGCCUUUCUUUCGCAAAAUGCCGAUCUGUCGGCCCUGGGAUAUCAAGAUAUGGCAGCCUCAAUUGCUGGAUCGGAACCUAAGAUCCAAGCAUUUGCCAAGUUGGAGUUUGAUGAUGGGCAUUUUUACGUCAAUACCUACUCAUUCAUCCUAGGACGAGACGUGCGCGCUGCCCGCGCCGCCCAUCACCGAGAGUUCCAGUACCGGCAGGCCGUGCGAAGCACUCGGGCGAAGAGUUCAAGUGGAGGACACACAUCCCAUACUCCGAACCGUAUGAAGCGGGAGGAAAGCGCUGCCAUGAUGGGCAGUGUCGUUAGUGAUCGGGGAGGUAUUAUGGGCUUUGAUCCAGAUAUACCUCCGCAUCUUCCAAACAACAUGAACAUGAGCCGACGAUCCUCAAAAUCCUCCUUUGACGACGCUGUUGUGCCAUUGCAUGCAAACCCGGCUCAGCUACAAUCGACAACCGACUACAAUGCGCUCGCGAUGCAAUCUUUGCAAGAUGGAAACGGAGAUGCAAAGCCCGUUGAUGCGCUGGCUUUGCUCCCAUCCCCUGAUUCUUGUCCCACCAUCCCAAUUCACCCCCCAACGACCGUUGACGGCAGUGCCGCAGGCCAUCGAGGGAUUUCUCGGAGGCAUGUCCGGAUCUCAUACAAUUUUGAUCGUAACUUGUUUGAGAUGGAAGUAAUGGGGCGUAAUGGAGCGUUCAUUGGCGCUGAUUGGCUAUCACCGGGACAAGUUCGCCCGUUACACAGCGGCGACUAUAUCCAGAUUGGAGGCGUGCGUAUACGCUUUUUGCUACCAGAUGUCCCCAUUGGCGAAACUGGAGCGGACCGGAUGGAAGAAAAAAUGACAGAAAAGAACGACGAGGAGGAAGAGAAAGAUGUCCGUGCUUCAAUGGAAAUGGAUGACGAUGUCGAUGAAUCCGAGAGACUUGGGAGUGACAGCGGCGAGAGCAGGGAACCUUCCAAGAAGAUCAUCCUCAAGACAAAGGAUUCCAAAUCAUCACAAGCAAUGGAUUCUAUCGAGACUGGGGAUAACGAUUCACAGCCGGCCCGCCGCCGGGGACCAGGACGCCCUCCCAAGGAUGGGAUCAUGUCCAAGCGCGAGCGAGCCGAGCUUGCCCGGGAGCAGAAAAUUGCUGCUAAGCGCGAGGCCAACGGUGGUAUCACACCACCUCCACUCAAAGUGCCUAAAGCCGGGAAGACAGUUGCCAAAGAAUCUGUUGUUCCCGAGUCACCAACAAACAAACCAUCCGAGAAGCGGAAGUACACCAAGAGAAAGAAGCCGGAUGGCACACCAAUGGAUUCUCCCCUUCCUUCAACGGAAGGCGGCCAGAUGUCUGCAGAGCCCCCGCAAGAAUACGUCAAGCCCCCACCGGUCAAAAAGCGCAAACCAUCACGGUCACCAUCUCCCAACUAUCCUCCAGAGUCUGCUUACAAUGCCGAGGAUCUGGCAAAGCCGCCGUACAACUACGCCGUUCUCAUCUUUGAUGCUCUGACGGAAGCUGGCACGCCAAUGACGUUGAAGCAGAUCUACCGUGCGCUGAAAUUGAAGUAUCCGUACUUCCGCUUCAAGUGUGAGACUGAGGGCUGGACAUCUAGUGUACGACAUAACCUAAAUGGCAACGGUCAUUUGUUCAUGCACGCAGAACGAGAUGGUAAGGGUUGGUCAUGGCAGCUCAUUCCCGGCGCGUCGGUUGAGAAGGAAAAGAAACGACGUCCUUCGCCGCCGCCGCAGGUUUCCCACCCUCCUCCGCCUGCUCCCCAGCAGUACAUGCCUCAAAUGUCCCACUCGUAUGCGCCACCUCAGGGCCCACCACCCGUGCCAAAUCCGCCACAGCAUUUCCAAUUUCCUUCCAUACCGCCUGCUCCUUUCCCGGCGUCUGUUAAUGUGGGAGGACAUCCACCCCAAUCCAGUCCCUACCCACCUCCAUCGAAGCCCCCUGUCCCUACACCUAGCGCUCCUCCUCCUGCUGCUGCCCCGCCGCAGCACCCUGUUCAGCAAAACUCUGCACCAGGGCCACCAGAGUCAUCCUCGUUCAUUGACCGAGCAAACAAGGCAAUCGAUGACUUUGAAGCUGUUCUCAUGGAAGACUACGAGGACAAGAACUAUAUCCGGGAAGUUCUCCGGAGUGCGCGUGCACGCGUGUUGGGCGAUGCUCCAGAAAGCUCCUUCCCAGGUGGCGAGCCAAAAGACGAAGCCGUCAUCAUGGACGUACUACGUAAUCUGGUUGGAAGCCUGAAGGACGAGUGA